GUAGACUAGCGCUAGCAUAGCAGCGCAGCGCAGCGAGCACCGGUCACCCGGUUAAUUGGGGCUGAGGUUGCGUUUGAGAAGUUCCCGAACUCCGAAGCGCCAUUGUUGAAUUUGAUGUGAACUUACGAGGCGUGUUUUUGUUCAUAACUUCAUGUUUAUGUAUUUACUUGAUCUCGUUUUCAUCUUCAUUAUGUGUUAAAUCGACUUAGUAUCUUUGUCUUCCAAGUUUUUCUUUGAAAAUGGUGGGAUAGUUGGUGACGAUGAACAGGAAAACGAGUGCGACCACUGCAGGCUGCAAGAGCAGCAAGCAAACAACUUUAUUUCAGAACUGGAGUACGGAUCAAAAUGUCAGAGAAAAUGAAGGAUUGCCGUCAAAAACAAAUCAACAAAAUGAGAUGGAUGAGCAGUUUGAUGAGGAAACCCUUCUUGCAGCGUGCGAAGAGUGGGAGAUGGAAGAACUGGGCAAUUGCUCCACCACUGGACCUCAUCCGCCGGAGGCUACACCCCUUGAGGAUCUACCUGGGUUUGAUGUCUCUGCUGGUCACAUUUACAUCUACCCUACCAACUACCCCCUCAGGGAUUAUCAGUUUAAUAUUGUCAGCCAGGCCCUCCUCAAGAACACUCUGGUGACAUUACCCACCGGCUUAGGCAAGACAUUCAUAGCUGCUGUUGUCAUGUAUAACUUCUAUCGGUGGUAUCCGAGAGGGAAGAUUGUGUUCAUGGCUCCAACCAAGCCAUUGGUCUUCCAACAGAUUGAAGCCUGUUUUAACAUCAUGGGUAUACCUCAAGAAGAUAUGGCAGAAAUGACUGGGAACAUGCAUCCGCCUGAAAGGAAGAAAAGUUGGCAGCGGCAGAGGGUGUUCUUCUUGACCCCACAGGUCAUGACCAAUGACCUUAGUAGAAGGGCAUGUCCUGCGACAGAAGUGAAGUGUGUAGUCGUAGAUGAGGCCCACAAAGCUCUUGGUAAUCAAGCUUACUGCCAGGUUAUACGUGAAUUAUCAAAGUAUACCAAUCAGUUCAGAGUGCUGGCUCUUAGUGCAACACCUGGUGGUGACAUUAAGGCAGUCAACGAGGUCCUAACCAAUCUUCUAAUAUCUCACAUUGAGAUUCGAUCUGAGGAUUCUAUAGACAUCAGGCAGUAUGUCCAUGAACGGAAGGUGGAGAAAAUAGUCGUGCCCAUUGGUGAUGAACUCAAGCAGGUCAAAGAACAGUAUCUAAAGAUCUUGACGGUGUUUGUAAAUAGGUUGGUGAGAUGUCGUGUCCUUUUCUGUCGUGACCUUGAGAACCUGACCAAGUUCCAGAUUCUGAAAUCAAGAGAACAGUUCAGGCAGGAUCCUCCACCAGAGAUAACAGCUGCAAGGAGAGGUCCAGUUGAAGGUGACUUUGCCAUCUGCAUGAGCCUAUACCAUGGCUUUGAGCUUCUACUCCAGCAUGGUCAACGCUCCCUCUACAGCUUCCUUCAAAACAUCGUAGACGGCACAAAGGCCAACGCGAGGACGCGCUCCGAGCUCAUGCGAAAUUCCGACUUCUCCAACCUCGUCGAGAUGCUGGAGGCCAAGUACGCUGGCUCCAUGAUGAACUCCAGUCAUAAUAUCAGUCAUAACUCAAGCCAUAACUCCAGCGGGCUGUUUACAUCCAUGUUGUCCCCGUCGCUAAGGGCAACAGGGUCAAAAGUUGAAGAGGAGGAGUAUGUCAUGAGUCACCCCAAGAUGACCAAGCUGAAGGAAGUUGUUUUAGAGCACUUUGAAAAAUUCACAUCGGGCAACCAAAUGGAGGCAGGUCCGUCAACCAGUAGGGCUUCUAAUAAACAUAGUACCAGGGUAAUGAUCUUUGCUCAGUAUCGUGACAGCGUUCAAGAGAUUACUCAGAUGCUCAACCGUCAUCAACCCACAGUGCGAUGUAUGAGCUUCAUAGGGCAGGCAUCGGCAGGGAAGAAUACUAAGGGAUUCUCGCAGAAAGAGCAAAUCAGGGUGGUCAAUGAGUUCAAGAAUGGCGGUUACAACACCUUGGUCUCCACAUGUGUUGGAGAGGAAGGUUUAGACAUUGGUGAUGUUGAUCUCAUUGUUUGUUUUGAUGCUCAUAAGAGCCCUAUAAGACUAGUCCAGAGGAUGGGUAGGACAGGGAGGAAACGACAAGGCAGGAUCGUCAUGCUAGUGACGGAAGGGAAAGAAUCUGCAAUCUAUGACCGUAGCCAGUAUAGCAAGAAGGGGAUCCACAGGGCCUUGCAGGGUAACAGCAAGUCCCUUCACCUCUUCCCUGCUAGUCCCAGGAUGGUCCCAAGAGGGCUCAAUCCCACUGCUCAUAAGAUGAACAUCAAGGUAGGGGAGUAUCAAAGCAAGCACAAGACAAAGAUGGCCGCUCCUUCCAGCGCCACCACCAGUAAGAAGAAAUCCAGUAUGGGAGGAGACAUCUCAAGAUUCCUGCAAGGAACCAAACCUGACCCUGCAGAGGAUGUAUUUCUGACAUAUGAAGAGCUUGUAUUCUGGAACCUUCAUUAUAAAGUCGAUCAAGGGGAGCAGCUUAAAGCACCUGGAGAAUCUAAAUUCCUCUCCCUCAACAAGCAAGCAGCUAAAGAGGUUUCCCUGACAAACGACAAGGAGCUUUCACUGAACUCUUAUGCAGAAUGGCAAACCAAUAAGCAGCCGACCCACAAGGUUUCCCAUUCACAACGCUGUGCAGUCUUUGUGGAGAUGAUGGAAUUCUUUGAGAUACAGGGUCACACCGAAGACGAGGAUAUCUAUGGGGCUGAAAUGGCAAUGUACUUGGAUGAAGGGGAUGUGUUGAGACCAAAUGAAAAAGAAAGUAAAGGAAAGGAAGGAAUCCUGAAAUACUGUUCUCAGGAAAAGAAGAACCAGAAGGAAACAGACAUUGUUAUCUUAGAUGAAGAUGAAGGAGAUGGUGAUCACAAGGAGAGAACUAGGAAAAUAAAGAAAAAGGCAAAAGUUCGGAAAAGAGCGAAGAGUACAUCCUCAGAAAUGGAAAAUCUUGGUAGUGAUGAUGGUCUUCCUGCUGUGGAUCUCUUCAGUGAACCCAGUGAAAAACAAGAUGGAUACUCUGAAAAUACAGAGGAGCACAAAGGCAAGGCAAAGAAGGGCAGAAAGUCUGAUGAUGGGAGCAGUAGUGACGGAAAGGUUGGAAGGACUAAAAGGGGUAAGAGCCCAAGAGGUGGACAAGAAAGCAGACUGAAAAGAAAGACGAUUCCAUUACCAUGCGAUUCAGAUGAGAAUGAUUUUGAUACUGACAGGAAAAGUGUGACCCCUCCAAGACCUGUUGUUGCAAAUACUGAGGGUGAAGUUAAACAACAGAAAUCAGUCAACACCAAGGAGGAUAUGACUGAUUCAGAUCAGGGUGCUCUCAAUGAUGAACCUAUGGACACUGCCAGUGAUGAUAACCAGGUUGAACCUUGUGCAGCUUCCCCAAGCAGUCCGUCCAAGAAUCAACAAGAGCAUGCCAAAGGCGACGCUUCUUUGAAUACUUCUGAUAUCUUUCUCUCUUGCUCCCAAGUCUUCAGGGCACCUGAGGUUCCUUCAGGUGCCUCCAAAAGAGACAAACGUACAUCUGAAAGGUCAAAUGGUGAGGGAGAAGCUGACGUGAUGCCACCCCCUCCACCUUCACUCUCUGGUCUUGAUCUUCUAGACGAUAUUGAUCUGUCAUUCAAUGCCUCACAACUUGCCAAAGAGGACAUCUGGACAAAGAGUUCACCAAAAAGAGAGUCUCAUCGACCUGAGAUAGGUAUUGCUCUGGAUGAGCCAGUGAUUGUUCCACCUUUACCUCUAAACGGAAAAGAAACCAUGAAAUUUGAAAAGCAUGGAGAAGAGCUAAACAUGAGGACUAACCUUGUUACAAGUGAAACAUUUUCCAAAACAGUGCAAAAUGAUAAUGGUCUUGAUAUUAGCAGUACAGCGUCAUGUCACAUAAAUCAUGACAUGGAUGAUGAGUUUGGAAAAGUUUUGGAUUCUGACGCUGAUGAAGUUGAUGAAGCUGUCUCCAACUUUGAAAAUGGUAAAAUCAAUCAGGAAGAAGCUGAUGAACCUUUUCUCAUAUCUCCAGUCCUAACUAAGCACUCACUCAAGAAGUGUGUUCAGGUGCAACAGAGUGUUGAUGAUAUUGAUCAUGAAGAGGAGACAAAAAAUAUCACAGAUGAGCUUGUGGAUGCAUGGGACAAUUUUGAGGGGGAUAUCUUUGACGAUGACGAUGAUGAUGUGGUCUUUGACAGGGAGCCUGUUUCUAAUCAUUUAACCAAAUCCCCAAUCCUUUCAACAAAUGUUAAGAAAGUUGUGGGUAGGAAAGGGGAUGUCAAGAAUGACACCGCGGCCAGUCAUGCAUAUGAAGCACAUUCUGAAGACACAGAUCAGAGAAAUGGAUUCAAAGUUUCUACAGCAUCUCACAGUAUUAAACCAUGGACUGACGUAAAUCAUGGAAUGACAGAGAGGCCUGGGAUUGAAAUAAAUCAUAAAGAAGAGAUCGGCAGUGCUGUGCUUUGCAGUUCCAGCAAUCAACUUCAGAAAAUCCAACCACAGCUGGAACAUGAAAUUACAGACGAAAAUGAGAUCAAACAUACGCAACAACCUAAGUUUGAUCUUGAUUUUGAUUUUGGUGACUUUUUUGAGAUGGAUGAUGAGGCCUUUGAUGAGAUUGGCAUUGUUCCUCCUUCACCUCAGGUCAGCCAGAAAAGAUCAGGCUUCAUGGCAAUGUCCCAGGCAUCCCAAUCAAUGAUAAGACCAGAGAGAGAUGCAAGAACAAGUCACACAGAUAAAGAUGGAUCCAAGGUGGAUAUCAUUGGAGAGCAAGAAGCCAAGCUUAAAAAUAAUCCAACCACUCAAAAUCAAGUUAUUCCAACAACAAACUGUGGUCUUUCUGCUUUAGAAUCAUCAAAACCGUCUAAGAUAGAAGUCAAGACAUCUUCCCUGAGUAGAUUUAAGCGUAACCUGAUGCAUCCUGUCAACACCAACGAUUCCAAAGUGGUAGCGUCAUUGGCACAACCAGAGAAAAUAGAGACUGCUGAUUUGGUUGGAAACGUCUACAAAGAUACAGUAUCAAGAGUUUCACAUCCUCCUGCUGCCUCAACUCCAGUGAUGUCAGAUGUUGAAAGGGAUGGUAGGCAUCAGGGUAGUACAGUGUCACCUAUUGGACAGUCUGGUCGUAGAGACAUUUUUUCACCUGUAGAAACUCCUAGCUCACAUCUGCAGAAAGCCAAACCCUUAGGUAGCCUUCGCAGCCGGCUCAGAAUUAAGAGAAAGGAUGGCUCGGGACCGAAGCAGAGUGAAGGAUUGUCUAUCCAAGAUCAGUCUUCCAGACCUACAGCUCUUCCUGGCAAGAGAAAGAGUUCACCUCUUGUUGACGAAGGACAUUUUGAAGAUCCUGUGUUAUCAAACCCUCUGAAGAAACCAAAGACGUCUCUGAAGGAAGAAACCAGUCUGUCACCUCAUAGAAUAGAAGGGCAUGUCAUCAAACCAUCACUGGGACUCAAGAGUGGGAAGAUUAAUGACAAAGAUGACAUUAACUUUCUUCUUGAAGGCAUUGAUUGGGAAGAUUCAUUCCUAUCUGACAACAAACCUACAAUACCUGAUAGAGUGAAUGAUGGAUUUGAUAAUAAAAGAGAUUCUACAGACUCUACAACAUCAAAGAAAGGCACACAUAUUUCUUCUGAUGAUGACGCCAAUCUCUCCCACCAUCUCAAAGACGAUGAUGAAGAUAGUGAUGACAGUCAAGAUGUCAUCGGUAGAGUCACCAAGAAGAAAAGAGCUGUGGUGCUGACGUCCCCAGACACUCCGAUGGCUUUCAAUGCGUCACUUAGGUCGCGUCUAGCUGCAAAAGCAUCAAUUGUCAAAGAGAAGAGUGUCCAUGUGCUGUCUGAUGAGUCAUCUGAUGAUUCCUCCUUCAUCAUUCAACCUAAGAAAAGGAAAGCAAAGAAGAUACUGGAUAUGAGUAGUACCAUUAUUAUCCCUGAAGGAGACGAUGAUGACUUUGAAGAUCCCAUGAAGCAGGGCAAGUUGGUAAAGAAUAUUGAAAGAGAACAGAGGAGAGAUGAUAUUCUACUCAAGCACAGACUCGAAAAGAAAGAAAAGAGAAAUAAGCACAAGAAGUCAUUGAAUCACCGUCGUAAAGCGGCACAUUUCCUUGACGAGGAAGCAGAGGUUUCGGAGGAUGAAGAAUGGUCAUCAGAUGAGGAAGGCUCAGACCUUGAUAACUCUUUAGAAGGCUUCAUCAACAAUGCAUCUCAAUCAAGUCAAACAACAUGCCCACGAGAUAUGCAUGCUAUUUAUAUGAAAUCAGUCAAAAGCCCUCCAGUACCCGGUCCAGGUGGCCGCUUCAAGAUGGUCCAGCAUCAUUCCCCAGACCUUGAUGUCUUCUCACAGGUCCCACAGCAAGAUGCCACUUACAUGGAGGACAGCUUUGUCGUCCAAGGAGAUGAUGAGGAGGAUCAUGGUUUGAGAGAAGACAUCAGUUUGCUUGCUAUGGACAACACCAUCAAUAUGGAUAAUAUCAUUGAUGGAGGAUCCAGGAGGGCUGGAGGAAGGAGGUUGAGGAAUAAGGGUGGGGAGAGCAGAGCAGCGAGGAUAUUGAGGGCAGGGAGGGCUGCUGUGUUGAAAUCGGACUCUUCGCUGUCUGACGUGGAAGAGGCGGUGGAGGAUGAUGAUUUGAUGGACUGGGAGAUUGAGUUAGAUUUUGAAGCUAGGAAAAAGAACCAGAAAAGGAACCAUGCUAUUCAUCAAGCUUCAGGAAGGGGAAGACUGCUUGGGAAUCAUAGGGGAUUAGGAAAGGGGAUGGAGUCCUCGAAACCUUCUGGUGGGGAGUGGAUUAGUAAGCCUAAAACACAAUCACAACCAUUUCAGGUUAAUCCUAAGAAUGUGCAUGAUAAAGAGGAUGGGCUGACGAAUGUACAAGGUGCAAGUGAAAAGGAAAAGUCACCUCUCAAGACCAACUAUGCCUUGAUGAAUUCAGGUCGGACCAAAGAUAGCUUGAUUGGUUCUGACAAAGGAUCAUCAAAACCAUGUACAUUUGUUGCUCCUCAGUCUGCUGCUGCCUGUAGCAGCGGUAGUUCUUUGAUGGACUCCCCCAAAACACUGGCUCAGAAAGAGAAGGAGGAGAGGUUGAGACGACAGAAGCAAAAACAGGCGGAAUUCCAGCAGAAGAUGCAGCAAAAGCAAGCGCAGACUUCAUCUCAGGCAGCGAUCAGUCCUGUCAAAAGAACAUUAUCUUUGUCAUCAGGGAGUCGUAAGAAGGAGGAGGCCUCGACUGAAAAGACCUCAGUUAAUCGGACACUGUCUUUUGCAACUCCCGGUUCUAACCCCAGAGCUGCUUUUCCAAACUCUGAGGGAUUCAAAGUUCCUUGGUCAUCAGAGGGCAGUUUGAACACUAAGACUGACUCUGGAAAUAGUGACACUUCAAGUAAGAAUGCAAGCCCUGUUCUCCCCAACCAAAAUAUUAGUUUGCUACCAGUCAGGUCUACAACUGCAGUCUCACCAUCGAAUAAAAUCAACAACUUAACACUGAUGGACAAUUCUGUGGCCAAUGCUACAAUGUCUUCAACCAUUGUGAACAGUUCUACACUCAGCAGCCCUCGGUCAGCCACUGGUCAAGCACCUUUGGUCAUCCUAGUGGACAGCAAAGAACUCUCCAGUUCUCCUCACAUAGUAUCAACAUUGACCAUUACCUAUGGACUCAAUCCUAUAGUUAGUCAGCUGCAGGGGUGUGAUUAUGUAACCAGUACCCGUAUGGGGGUGGAGAAACGUACCCUUAGUGAAUUUGCGAAUGGGGCCAACAGACAGAAGCUGUUGGAUAGAGUACGUCAUAUGUGUGAGCUGUUUGAUAGACCUUGUCUGAUCAUUGAGAAAGAUAGAGACAAGAACAGAGAUAAAAGACAACCACCAAAGACACUAAUCAGAACAAAGUAUUUGGAUUCUACUUUGGCUUCCCUGACUAAGACUCAUGUCAAAGUACUUUUCUCCGAUUCAACAGAGGAAACUGCUCAAAUCUUAGCUGACUUGACCAAGAUUGAAAGCAGAAAAGGAGCUGCUAUUCCAGCCACCUUGGACAUGGAUUCUACCUCUGAACAGGUGUUGAAGUUCUACCAGUCUAUACCCGGAGUAAGUUAUGUUACGGCGCUCAGUCUCAUACAUCAUUAUCCGUCUGUCGCGGACCUCCUCUCAACAUGUGAAUCCGUAUUGCAGUCCAGGAUUAAGGUGUCGUCCAUCCGAGCCAAGCAAAUCAUGGCAUACCUCAACCACAGCUUUGAUGAACAAAUGACAGGGUCCAGGUGACCAGGUUCUCCUUCUAUGAUAAACGUAUAACAGAUGACAUGGUCAGGUUAACCUUUGAUCAUGACCAGGUUUGCCUUCUGCUGUGAUGAAAGGGUGACUGGUUUGGUUGACCUUUGACUUUUGAUCAUGGGGUAUCACUACUACGUUGAAUAGAUGACUUAGUCAGGUUGACCUUUGAUCAUGACCAGGGGCCCGUAACUCAAAGCAUAGCGAUCAUCGUAUAAUUUUUUUAGAUUGAUUGCAUUGACUACGGUGUACAAUCAAUCGUUAAUAUCAGGCGGAAGAUUAAUUGCUAACUUUUGUGUUAGGGACCCGGGCUCACCCACAGCUAUGAUGAACUGAUGAUGUGGUUAGGUUGACUUUUAAUCAUGUGUUCAUCACUGCUACAAUGAACAAAUGACAGGAUCAAAGUGACUUCUAGGCCCAAAUUCACAAAGGUGGUUUUAAAAACCCAUGGUUGAAUCCAUGGUUUAUGCAGAACAAUGACGUGUAUUUGACGUGUACAUACUCCUGCAUUAUUCUACAAGUACGAUGAUACACCAACCUGGUGGACUGUACUUAAACGGAUGAUGAUUUGAAUCAGAAUUUAUUUUUAUUUGGUUGCCCUGACGCUCAAUACUCUACUGUAAACCGUUAUAUUCUUUACGCUAAAUAUUUUAUUUUUUCGACAUGUUGUAAGGGUGAUCGGUUGUGUUUUAGCUCUUUUAAGAUCAUAUUGAAACGCUAUUGUGAAAUUGAAAGGGUUCUCAGUCAAAACCAUCAUAAUUUUGUGUUAUCAUUAGAUAAUAGUACGCAUGUACAGUUGUUGUAAACAUGUUCGCUUCAUGAUUUUUCUGUAAAUUGAAUUGCUUUCGUGUUUGAUUUUGAAUAAAAUCUCUAUAAAAGAAAAAAAAAGAUUUCCUGUAUAAAUUAUGCUUAAUUUAGCGCGUAUCGGGCGUGUGUAUAAAAAAAUUCCAAUGCUGAUGCGCGGUGUAUAAAAAAAUUCCAAUGCUGAUGCGCGCUUUUGUCACAGUGCGCCAAAUCGACGCAUGUUACCAUGGUUAGAUACGCUAUUUUAUUCAUGAGUCCAUUGUUUGAAGAGUGGACUCAUGAAUUGAAAACAGUGAACUCAUGAAUAAAAUAGCACGGAUAACCACGGCAACAGGCUUCAAUUUGGCGCACUGUGACAAAAGCGCGCAUCAGCUUUGGACAUUUUUUAUUAUACGCGGUAAAAUAAGCUUAAUUUAUACAGAAAAUCUGCAUAAACCAUGGGCUCAACCGUGGGUUUUCAAAACCACCUUUGUGAAUUCGGGCACUAAUGUUUGAUCAAGACUAGGUUCACCUACUACUAUGAUGACCAGAUGACAGGGUUAGGUUGACCUUUGACACUUAAUACUGACAUAUUACUGCCUCAUUGAGAAGGCUGACAGGGUUUAGAUGACCUUUGACCAGUGUCCACCAGAGCUUUGAUACGCAUAUAACACAGUUGAGAUGGUCUUUGAUCAUGGCUUAUACCAACAUUUGUAUUGAACAAAUGACAGGGUAAAGGAAACCUGUGAUGUUGGAUUAUAUGUACCAUGGCUUCAAUGAGCAGAUAACACAAUCAAGCCUAAGUUCCAAUCUUCACUCAAAAUCGAGUGGCCAUAAUGAUGACCUUACAUAACAGCCGUAUACAUUAAGUCAUAGUUAAUCAUUUGCUAAAAGGAAAUAAUGGAUCGUUUGCCGAAACUAGCUUAGAUUAAUUUCAUGGAAGUACAUGUAUGCAAAUUGAUUAUGGAUUCAGCACCCUCAUUUCAUAAUGUUUAAUUUGGAAACAAUCAUGUGUAUUUGAAGAAAAAUACGUUUGUUCAAUUAUUUCAAAAUAUUAAAUGGUUAGGGAACAUUUCCUUUCACCACUUCUAUCUUAUGCACUCAAAAGGUCUAUCUUAAAGCCAACAUAUGACACCAACCUUUAACAGAAUCAUGUCAAGACCAAAACUGCCCAUAUAGUUCCUGGAUCAUUACCCAGGAUGCAUCAUUUUGAUCAUGUAGUUUUGUGAUUGCCUGUUUGAAUUAUGAAUAAUUUUCCACUACUCAUCUAUACAACAAUAUUUGCCAUCCCUAAGCUUUGACAGAAUUUUACUUUUAUGAAUACAAAAACAUAACCCAAUGAGAAAUAAGAUCUCAAUAGCUACAGUGAGAAAAACAUUUAAUUUAUGCGAAGGUUGACUUUAUGGAUAAUUGAAGACCUGAUUUAUAUUUUCCAAAAUCACUUGGAUUUUUAAGUUUUAUCACUCACAAGUAGACUUUGCAAAUAUGUCAUCAAGGUUUAUAGCCAUGUGCCAAAAUAUGACAACAUUUGGAGGUCCAUUGAAGUGUUUUUAAUGGUUCUCAUUUUAUAUUAUUCGGAAAGUGGUUUAAAAGUUUGAAUUAAUGACCACUACAUGAUUCUUGUUUUUAUAUUUGUAUGACUAUGACUUACAUUAAUCAAAAUCUCUUAAAACCAGUCUAAAGCUCUUAUAAAGGGUCAGAUAUGUGAAUUAGACUUGAGUAUCAUCUAACAUUCCAAUGUUACAAAAAGUCUAAUAUCGCCUUUUCACACAGUAAAAAAAUCGUAAUUUGAAUGAUGAUUCCAGUGAAAAAUAUGGCUUUAGCGAAUUUAUAGCACGUGUGAAACCAAACUAGAACAUGAUUAGAAUAAAAAAUGCUAAUCACAAUAACUAAUUUCACUCUGGAGGUGAUUCCAGUUAAGUUUCACUAAAAUUACAGUACAAAUUUUGCGUGUAAAAGGCUUAACCUCCAAAACAUCUUUUAGGGGGCAUAGCUUACGUGACCUUUUAAGCACUUCCAUAGAUAAUACAAUUGUCAUGCACUCAUCGUAGUUUGUAUUUGCGAUGCAGUGCUUUGAUUGACUAAUCACCAAGGCGCAUUCCGCCUUCGCUCGGGAAUUCAAAUUCAAAUCACAGUUUUCGAGUGAGCGUGUGAAAGGUCCAAUGAUUCUAAAGAAGAAUUGCAAUCAUCAUUACAUCGAUGAUUCAAGAUACACGUGUGAAAAGGCCCAUAGUCAUUGGAUGUAUUUUCAGCUGUUAGAAUAUAAAUUUGGCCUUAUAAGCAUCACCCUCUCUCUGCAAUCUUUUGUUAUUUUAACUUAAAAAUAGCCCUUAAAGCACUUACUUUAAAGAUUUAGUAAUUGGAUAUUUAAAAAAUUAGAGACAAAGAUUAUAUCUCGAAAUUUUCUGCCAAUUUCAUGAUUGUGAAGGGGGUUUAGAAAAGCAAGACAUAAAUAUGCAGAUAUUUUAUUUUGGUCGGUACCCAAUCACAAUGAAUUUUAACUUAAAAUCUCUAAAUUAAACCAAUAAAACACAUUUUAAGUAUAUAUCCUUCAAAUCCUAAUUGUUUUAGGGCAUAUGUGUUGAUGUGAUCUCGUAAUGAAUUGGAAUAGUGAUAUGCAUUUUCUCAAGGAUAUACCACAACUAAAGAUGGGCCUCAAGACGAGAGUAUAUAUCAUUUUAUACCAAAUGAAAUACAAGUUGUAUGCAGCCACAGUUCAACAACUAAAUUCAUGUACUUCUCACUGUGUCUUUAAUGGAAUCAGAAAUCUUGAUAAGUGUCGUAGCAUGAUGAUAUAAAUUAGAGGAGAUAGAUUAAAACAAUUUAUUUGCCUUUAGUUUAUAUCCAAUUAGAAUAUUUAUGUAAAGAAAAGUAAGAAGUAAAUUACAGGCUACAAAUACAAUAAAAAGUAAAUUGUGUUCAGAAAAGCACCCCCUUUUUUUUUGGGGGGGGGGGACAUUUUUGUUAAAUUGUUUUUACAUUGUGUACCAAAGUUAAGCCCUUUUAUGUCAAUGUUAUUUUCAUUUAUCAAAAUUGCAAAGCGAUCGGAUGUCAUGUGGUUAUAUUUAUUUGUUUUGCUUGUUUGUCAUUUUGUAUUGUUGGGUAUUCAGUUCUUCCCCUCAUGUCAUCCAGUGUGUGCUACUAAAAGGAAUGUGCAAUUUUCAUAUUAGUAUCAAAAUAUGAUGUACUCAUGUAAAGCAAUAAAAAGAUAUGCCUUAUAU